AUGGCUUCCAACGCUUCCCACAACAAGCAGCUCUACCAGAAUGCCUUUUCUUCCAUUCGCAACAAGGCAGCUCCACCUGAGAUCGACUUCACCAUUCAUGUUCAAGACGAUGGAACCCAAGUCUCAACACAAGAGCGCGUGGUAAAGGAUGUGCAAGCACCAGCUUUUCGGAAACCCACUGAUGCAGAAUUCUGGUCGGAUACAGAGCCUGGCAAACCCGACAUUGCCUUUUUGAAGAACCACUUCUACCGAGAGGGCAGGCUGACGGACGAGCAAGCCCUGUACAUCAUCAGAAGUGCAACUCAGAUCCUCAAGAGUGAGCCAAACGUACUGGAGGUAGACGCUCCCAUCACCGUGUGCGGUGACAUUCAUGGCCAAUACUUCGAUCUGAUGAAGCUCUUCGAAGUUGGAGGCAACCCAGCGGAGACAAGAUAUCUGUUUUUGGGAGAUUACGUGGACCGAGGCUACUUCUCCAUCGAGUGUGUCCUGUACCUCUGGGCUCUGAAAAUCUGGUACCCCGAGACUCUGUUCCUGCUACGAGGCAAUCACGAGUGUCGUCAUCUGACAGACUACUUCACCUUCAAAUUGGAAUGCAAGCACAAAUACUCGGAACAGAUCUACGACGAAUGCAUGGAGUCAUUCUGCACCCUGCCUCUAGCUGCCGUCAUGAACAAGCAAUUCCUCUGCAUUCACGGAGGUAUCUCUCCAGAGCUGCAGACUCUAGACGAUCUCAGGAACAUCAACCGAUUCCGAGAACCGCCCACACAUGGCUUGAUGUGCGACGUCCUCUGGGCCGACCCUCUCGAAGACUUUGGUACGGAAAAGACGAAUGAGAGUUUCCUCCACAACCACGUGCGAGGCUGCUCAUAUUUCUUCACAUACCAAGCCGCCUGUCAAUUCUUGGAACGCAACAAUCUCCUUUCCAUCAUUAGAGCUCAUGAAGCGCAAGAUGCUGGCUACCGAAUGUACCGCAAGACAAAGACGACUGGAUUCCCAUCUGUCAUGACCAUCUUCUCGGCUCCCAAUUACCUCGAUGUGUAUAACAACAAGGCAGCCGUCUUGAAGUACGAGAACAACGUGAUGAACAUUCGACAGUUCAACUGCACGCCUCACCCUUACUGGCUGCCCAACUUCAUGGACGUCUUCACCUGGAGUCUGCCAUUCGUCGGAGAGAAGAUCACCGACAUGCUCAUCUCGAUACUUAACGUCUGCAGCAAGGAGGAGCUCGAUGAGGAAGAAGAGGAAGAGGAGGCCAGCAUGGCUCUGCAGGAGAUUGGCGAUGAUGGCGAGGUGCUAGAAGGCGAAGAAGACGAGAUGUCCGACGACAGACGAGCAGUCGUCAAGCAAAAGAUCCUCGCAGUGGGCAGGAUGAGCAGAGUCUUUGGACUGUUGCGAGAGGAGGCGGAAAGGGUCUCGGAGCUCAAGGGUGCCUCGCCUACUGGCAAGCUGCCGUACGGCCAGUUGGCCUCGGGCUCGGAAGGCAUCAAGGAGUCGAUUGAGAACUAUGAUGACGCGAGAAAGGCUGAUAUUGAGAAUGAGAGGCUUCCGCCCGAUCUCAUCGAUGCCGAUGAGGCCAGUCUGGCCAGUCUAGAGGGACGCUCCUUCGACGAGUCUCGUUCCUCCGACUCUGGCGGACCUGUCACUCCCGGCUCACCAGGCUACAUCCCUUCCAGCAGCCCGGACCCCAUCAGCUCUCCCGGCGGCGGCAGCGGUCCUCCUCCGGCCCGGCACCGUCGCGGGCACAGCAGGAAUAGUUCAUUGGGCACUACCAAUACCAGUUCUCCUUCCAACCGAAGAAGAUCACUGGAGACUACUGUGCACAUGAUUCGAGAAGCGCUUGCUGGAGAGGAAGGAUCAGAGGAUACUGGAUUGGAUAAGAUUGCAGAGGCAGUCUCUUCGCCGACUUCGCCAAGGCAUGGGAGAAAGGCUUCUGGAGCUGGAGCUGGAAUGGGAGAUGCGGGAGGAUUCAAGUUUGGAGGAGCACCUCGAUCUUCGUAG